AUCGGACCCCUGCUGCCACUGAUUUUGGACGAUGUGGAGCCGAGCGCUGUCGUCCAUGCGCCAGCACGCUGGCGUGGCGACCGCGGCUGCCGCUGGCGCCGGUAUCAUGUACGCCUCAAUGGCGUUCGAAUCCAAGCCAUUGAUGGCGAACGAAGUCGCGCCUCGCGACACCACCCGCGGCAUGUUGCGUGAAGUGCUCUCCAAGUUGAACCGCAUCGAAAGCGCCGUUGCCAACCCCAAGCGUGAUGGGCCUGGAGUUGACGUCGUCUUGGGCGCUCAAUGGGGUGAUGAAGGCAAGGGAAAGUUGGUCGACAUGCUGUCCCAGCAAUACGACAUCAUUGUCCGUGUUGCCGGUGGCGCUAACGCUGGACACACGAUUGUGAACAAUGGCAAGAAGUACAAAUUCCAUCUCGUGCCGUCGGGUGUGCUCAACGAAGAAGCAGUGUGCGUGAUCGGCAACGGUGUCGUCGUGCAUUUGCCGUCUUUGUUGAAGGAACUCGACACGUUGAAGGAGGUAGGUGUCGACUGCGCUGGCCGCGUGCUCAUUUCGGACCGCGCGCACAUGGUGUUGGACCUGCAUCAAGAAGUGGACGGUCUCAUGGAGAACCGUCGCGGCCGCAACAAGAUUGGCACGACCAAGAAGGGUAUCGGUCCGGCCUACUCGUCCAAGAUGCUUCGCAACGGCGUCCGCGUCGGCGACCUGCGCUACUUCGACGAUUUCGCAGACAAGUUGCGCGCCCAAGUCCAAUUCUACAAGGAAAACUACCCUGAUUUGGAAUUGGACCCGGAAGCCGAGAUCGAAAAGUACCGCCAGCUCAAGGAACGCAUUCUUCCGAUCACGGUCGACUCGAUCGACUACCUCAACAAGGCGUACAUCAGCGGCAAAAAGAUCCUGGUCGAAGGGGCGAAUGCUACGAUGCUCGACAUCGACUUUGGCACGUACCCAUACGUAACGUCGUCCAACCCGUCGAUCGGCAGUAUCUGCACGGGCGGCGGCAUCUCGCCGAACCGGAUCAACGGAAUCAUCGGGAUCGUCAAGGCAUAUUGCACGCGCGUCGGGGAAGGCCCAUUCCCGACGGAACUCCACGACACCGUUGGCCAUCACCUCGGCAGCGUCGGCGCCGAAUUCGGCACGACCACCGGCCGCCCUCGUCGCUGCGGGUGGCUCGAUAUCCCCCAGAUGAAAUACUCGAACCUCGUCAACGGGUUCACCGACCUCAACCUGACCAAGCUCGACGUCCUCACCGGUCUACCUGAAGUCAAGAUUGGCGUCGCAUACUGGCACAACGGCGUCAAGCUCAGCGGCAUGCCGUCCAACCUGCAAGUGCUGGAAGAGUCGACGGUUCAGUAUGAGACCCUUCCCGGCUGGUCCGAAGACAUCUCCAAGUGCCGCACCUUUGAAGACCUCCCCGAAAACGCGCAAAAGUUUGUGCUGCGAGUCGAAGCGUUGCUGGGCACGCACAUCAAGUGGAUCGGGGUCGGCCAGGAUCGAAGCGACGUUAUCGAACGCGCGCAUCCGCUUCAGAAGGUGGCGCCGCCCGUUGUUGUCUAGACAAGAACGACCGCGGCUUCGACCGCCUUUCCAUCCUGUAUCGCAUGAAAAUCCUUCUCGAGUCUCUCCAUACACUUCAUUUUCAUUUCGGGUUUGGUUGC